AUGGAUGAAAAAGGUCUUAAAAUUUCUGUGUAUAAGAAUUGGAAUAUCUCACGCAAAGGGCAGUGGAAAGCUAUCACAUUCCCCUCCAAAGAAAGUCGCCUGCCAACCAGCAAAUCCCCAACCACAACUCAUCCUUCCUCAGUCAUAGAUAUUCACCAUAACGAGAGAAAACCAAAUCAAAACUUCGCUUUUGUCAAUUCAUCUGCGCAAGGAACAAAAGCCGAUGUCAAUGUACGAAAGUUUGUACGGAAACAUGUGAGGAAUGAUUACCUUAGCAAAAGGACCCGGGAAAGUAAAAGGAGGCCGAAAGUCCGUUCGACAACUAUAAAACAUGUCGUGGAUCCUCAGUCAGUCGUAUACACAGGUGGCCGUCGAAAUGAUGAUCUCGUUAUUGAAGGACUCAUCGGGUUUCCAACCGCUCUCAGCUUAUCUCCAUGGCCUAUCGAAAUGACACCAGCGACACAUCUGUUGUUAUGCAGAUAUUUUACUUAUGCUAGCUCGAGAAUGUAUCCAUUGUCCAAAUACCUUUCCUCAAAUCCUCUAUGUUCAAGCGAAUGGUUUCGUUUCACGGUCAAUGAUGCAGUAAUGUUUCAUGCGAUAUUGUAUGCUGCCGCGCUUUAUCUCUCCUUGCUUCAGGGUGGAAAGGGAUCGGAGGAUUCUGUGUACCAUCUAGGGAAAGUUCUAGAGAAUGUCAAAGAUAAACUCCAAAAAAACAGUCAAAUAGCAGAUGACAGUACUAUUGCUGCUCUGUCUUGUGUGGCUUUGGGAGAAGCAUAUACAGGUCAUCCUGAUUUAUGGCACAUUCACAUGCGUGGUAUACAACAAAUGGUUAAAACGCGAGGCACGAUGUCAUCUCUACCUAUCAUUAUACAGGCAAAACUACGUCGGUCUGAUAUCACUGGUGCGAUUGAUUAUGCUGCUGAACCAUAUCUUUACUAUGAGCCACGAAGUCAUUCGGAAAUAUCAAUAUCUCAAAUUUUACCUGCACAUAUGAUUCAGUCGAUCAAUACCUCCAUUGCAACUAUAUUCGCCAAAUGCGGAAUUCACUCAAAUCUCAUGGAAAUCAUGCAACAUCUAGCUAUAUUCUACCAAUCCAUACAAUUCGCUGCUUCAUCUAGAAACCUUCUCGAGCCGAGAGAUUUUCUCAACGAUAUUUACUGGAUCGAGUAUGAAUUGUUAUCAUUUCCCUUGUCCACGGGAAUAAAUCAAGAAUCAGGUAUUAACAAAGCAACUCGUAUCGGAGCUCUACUAUUCAUGAAAUCGAUUAUUGAUGAAUUUCCACAUUCGACUAUUGGUCCUUCGAUCCUACUACAACAAUUACAAGAAUCUCUAUCCACAAUUGAUACCUCGAAAAUUACAGAACAAUCUCGUCAGUGGCUGAUUUGGUUAUUUGCUAUUGGCGCCGUUUACUCAAAGCGGGAGUGCAUCUCAAGAACUUGGUUUGUGGAGCAAUUGGCGGGGUUGCACACGGAACGCCUGAAGGAUCUACUAGUUGACGGGCAAAUAUAUGCAGAGAAGACAGGAGAAUACGAAGAAGAAUUCCAAUUGUACGAUGCAUUAGGAUACAUACAUAUCGACAAACAUCACCACUACUCCGUAUUUAUGUAUGUCUUGGACAAAGCCGAUCAUCCAAAUGAAUCGAUGCCGUGUGAUGAGGAAACUCUUGACUCUGGACUCUGGAGAUACCUCGGGAGGUGGCACAAACAACACGAAUCAGCCAUUCUCACAGACCUCACACUAAGCACAUUCUACAGCUUCCAAGACCCUUCUAGCGUAUUACCUGAACGAGUCAAUUAA